AUGAUUGCCUUCGCAUACAGCAACCCUGCGACCACGUUGUUGACAGCCGACUUCAUGUCUCAGGCCUUGGGGAUUUUCCGUCCAGUCUACCCCAUCGAAGUAGACGCUAUUCAAGCAGUUCUGGAACCCUACUUGCGACCACGUGGUUCGAAGCAUGGUACCAGAGUCCAGAAAGGGAGGGUCGCAGGCGCGCACCGGACAUUCAAACAUCUUCCCACAAUCACCAUGCCCUCCCUCCGAGUCCUGACCGCGGUCCUCUUGACCAGCAUCCUCGCAACAGCAACCCCCGUCCCGGACCUCUCAACCCGCCAAAGCUGCAGCAACAAAAUCAGCAUCACGGCCGUCAUGGAGAACUGGGCCAAAAUCUGGAAGGGCGACACCUCCGACGCCCUGCUCAAAGCAACCAUCAUGCCCGACAUCCUCAUCCAGACCGACCGUCUCCCUUACGGACCUGACUACACCAAGCAAAAGACUGAAAUGCUCAACGUCCACAACGAAGAGCAAUUGCUGGCUUUUGUCAAGGAGUCGAGGAAGGGGUAUAGUUCGUAUGGCGCCGUUAACAACUACGCUUUUGCGAACUCCGACGGCACGAGGCUGGUGACGAGGUGGACCGUCAAUGCUGUCAUUGGCUCGGACAAUCCUUCUCCGAUCAGGAAGGCUGGUGACCGUAUCAGCUUCGAUGGCACGGAUCUUGUUGCUUUCGAUCCUUGCUCGGGUAAGAUUCAGACUGUGCAGACUGCGCAAGAUACGUUGAACUUCGCUUACCAGUUGGGGAUGAACAUCUUUGCUUGA